AUGUCAGACCCCAACUCUCCCCACAUCAAAUCCCGCGAUACUCCAUCUUGGGGCUUGUAUCAGCGGGAGAACUUUUGGAAACUAAAUGAAGGCGAAGUUCCCCAGUUCAACACUCUCGACACCAACGAGCGCUCCACCCGAACCACCAUCUUCGGCCACGAGGUUUCUGCCCCCUUCGGAAUUGCUCCGAUUGGCAUCAAUAAGAUUUACCACCCGCAAGGCGAGCUGCCCGUGGCCAAAGUGGCCGGAGAGCUGGGCAUCCCUUACAGUCUCUCAACAGCCGGAUCGUGCCCGAUUGAGGACGUCGCUCGAGCCAAUGAUGCUGGGCGCGCUUCGGCCAUCGAAACUCAGUCCGCAGACAAGUCCAAGAUCCCAGAGGGUCCGCGCUUCUUCCAGCUUUACAUGCCCCACGACGACGAGCUAACCCUCUCUUUGUUGACGAGGGCUCAUGAGUCUGGCUUCACGGCCUGCAUCCUCACGACAGAUACAUGGCAGCUGGGAUGGCGGCACGACGACAUUGCAACGUCAAAUUAUGCGUUCUACCGCGGCAUCGGUGCUGAUCUAGGCCUCACCGAUCCCGUGUUCCAGAAACGCCUCGCGGCCCAGGGAAUUGAUCCUCAACAAGAACCGGAGAAGGCCGCCGCAAUGUGGAUCGAUAACGUCUGGCACGGCCGCGCGUGGUCCUGGGAUAAGGCAGUGUGGGCAAGGGAGCAGUGGCAGAAGAUUAGCGGUGGGAAACCGUUCUUGAUCAAGGGCAUCCAGAGGGUGGAUGACGCGGAAAAGGCGGCGGAUCUAGGAUUUGAGGGUAUCGUGGUGAGUAACCACGCCGGAAGGCAAGUUGAUGGGGCGGUUGCGAGCUUGGAUGCGCUGGAAAACAUUGCAGAGAGGGUUGGGGACAGGAUUGUUGUCACGUUUGAUAGUGGUGUCAGGGGUGCGGCGGACGUGGUGAAGGCGCUCGCGCUUGGUGCCAAGUUUGUCUUCAUUGGGAGGUUAUGGAUUUGGGGCUUGAGCAUAAUGGGAGAGCAAGGAGUGAGGCAUGUGCUGAGGGGACUAUUGGCGGAUUUAGAUAUCUUGAUGAAUGUGGCGGGGAUCCAAAAGGUGGCGGAUAUUGGCAAGGAUUUGCUAGAGUCUUUGCCUAAGUCUUAUGGACUGAUCUCGGAGAAGAGCAAAUUGUAA